AGGUACGUAGCCACAUUUAGGGUCCAGCUUGUGCGCUUCAGGGCCUGUCACGUUCAAUCGAACCGCUCUACCAAUCUGCUUCCCCUGCUGCAACGAGCAGCAGCGCCUGACACCGCCAACGUUUACGACAUUUUCAUAUCUACCAGCUAACACAAUGGCAUCUGCGACCUGGGUGCCCCAGGUCGAGUCUGCCUCAAUGGCCUCUGCGGCGUGGGAUGCGAUCGGCAUGGAGCUGACCAUCUUUGCGGUGACCGCGCUCUGCGCAGUGGCCGUGCGAACGCUCACGGGCAAGCAGUGGGCGCCUCUCAAGGGCGACGGCAAGGCCCCCGCGAAGAUGGCGCUCGCCGCCAAGGCCCCUCCAGCGACGCCCGGGGCUCCUUGGCGCAGCGCGAAGGCCGCCGAGCGGCGCCGGCCCCUCCCGCCCGCAGGCGGGGCGACGGCGCCCGCGCGCGUUGCGCCACCCGCCGGCGGGCCGCAGCCUGGCCUCCGCGACGCCGACACGCCGGCCCUCAUUAUCGACGAGGUCGUGGGCGGCGUCCGGGAGCAGCACGGCAUGAAGUUCGCGGCGAGGGUGCUCGCGCUGUACGCCGACUUCCGGGCGUGCCUGUCUGCCCCGGGCGCGCCGACUGUGGAGCAGGCGGCGAGGCGCUCGAGGCACACGGCGGCGGAGUUCUACAUGACCGUGGUGCAGUGCGCCGUGCGGACGAGCCGCUCUCACCUCGUCGACGGGAUCAUCCAGGACAUGGUUCGGUUCAAGGUCGAGCGGAGCCUUCGCUUCUACGAGGUCACCAUGAAACAGCUGGCGGCCCAGAAGCAGUACCGGCUGGCGCUCGCCACGUACGACCGUCUCAGGGAGGACGGCCUUGAGCCCUCGGUGGUGACGUGCAGCUGCCUGAUCGGCUUCGCCGCCGAGGUCGGCGAGCUGGGUCGCGCCGUGGAGUUCUUCGGGGUCCUGUCGUCGAUGACUACGCCGUCCAUCCGGGCCUACAUGACGGUGCUGCGCGUGCACGCCAAGCGCCAGGAUUGGGCCGCUUCUCUCGCGCUCUUCCGGGAGAUGCGGGCGCGCGGGGUGAAGCGGGACAGCCUGGUCCUGAAUUUUGUGCUCGCGACGGGCGUGUCGGCCGGCCGGGUCGAGGAGGCGGCCGCCCUCGUCGAGGAGGCGCACCGCGAGGCGCCAGGCAUGCUCGACGUCGUGUCCUACAACACGGUGAUCAAGGGCUACACGCAGCGCGGGGAUGCGGCGGGCGCCCUCGAGGCGCUCGCGCAGAUGGGCUCCAGGGGCGUGGCCCCAAACUCGAUCACCUUCAACACCGCGAUGGACGCCGCCGUCAGGGGCGGCAGGGUGGCGGAGGCGUGGGAGCUGCUGGGCAGCAUGCGCCGCGCGGGCCUGGCCCCAGACAAGUUCACCUGCUCCAUCCUCGGGGGAGCUUCGCCAAGGGCGGGUGCAGGGAGUACGUCCCAGAGGUCCUCGGCCUGCUUGCGGAGGUGGGGGGCAGCUGCGACCCUGGCCUCAUCUCCUCGCUCUACGCCUCCGUGCUGGAGGCGGCGUCUCCUGACGCGGCGCUGCUGGCCGAGGUGUUCUCGCAGAUGCGCCUCCAGGGCGUCGCCCCGUCGUCCGCGGCGCAGCAGCUGAUGGCGGGGCUCGGGCGGACCGCGAAGUGCACCUGAGCCGGCCGCCAUCGGAGGGCACCAACUGUACACCUACGCUGACGACCUGUCCUGGCCACGCCCAUGCGGCGCCCAGGAUCGGUGCAUGUGCUCCGAUCCUGAGCCCAUGAUUCGCCAGGUCAGGAUGGGUGUACUUGUGCUCGUUGUGCAGGCAGGCACCCUCCGGAGCCUCCGGUUCCCUGUGUAGAGCCUCGGGCGCCCCCGGUGCGACCUUGCGCGCGCCCGCGCGCAGCACGCGCGCACGCGGCUCUGCUGGGGCUCCGCUCUCCUGCUGGAGCCCAGGGUCCGACAGAGGGCGUUCCGCUCGAUCGUCGUCUUAAGUCGGGCCUGUCCCUCUAGGGGAG